AUGGCAGUCCUGAAGAAGGCGAAGCCCAAGAUGAAGCGGAAGGCUAAGAAGGUGAAGUCGGAGGUCGUUGAAAAAGCGAAAGAAGCGUACCAAGCUACGGCUUGCCGCGCCAUGGUCGACUCUGAGAACCACUUCGCCAAGCCUUGGCCGCUGCCCCUAACCGAGCGGGACGUGGCUAUCCGCCAGCGCUCCGCCCGCUUGCUACAGGCGCUGCAGCGGGUCGAGGGCGGCAGCUACAAGGAAAAGGCGGAUGACUUCGACACGACCUUCUCCAUGUUGGUGAAAGGCUGUAGGGAGGUGGCCGAAGAGGGCUUCUUGGAGGCUCCCAUCUACAACAAUGCGCAGAUUGAGGCGGCCUGGCUCUUCCUUUUCGAGGUGCGGCGGCGGCAUGUGAACAAGAGGAAGCAGCUCCAGGAGUGCAUUCGUGUUCUUGGCUCCUCCUACAACUGGUCGAUGGCUCUUUUCGGAUCCAAGAAGGUCCAGGAUGCCUUGCGUGCUCUGCCCGGGGACGCGCGGGCGGAGAUCCUCGAAGAUGCGGGUGCCAUGGAUCUGCUGUCACAGCUGCAGCCGAAGUACAUGCCGGGCGAGCCCGAGCCAGACGAAUCACCCCCUGCCCAGCCAAGCUGGCCGGCAGGCCCGCAAGGCACUGGCUGGCCAGCGCCGUCCAAUCCUGGCUUCGGUGACUUUCCGAGAGAAGAAGCCUCCAGGGCUGAUUGGGCACGGCCCGCGCAGGCACCGGGAUCCGCCGGAAAGAACAAUCCAUUCAAGAAAUCCAGCGCUCCGGCUGGAGCAGACUGGGCGAUGCCACAGCGCGGUGAAGCCUACCCGGCACCAGCGCAGGGCUUCCCAGACGCUUUUCCAGCUUUUCCGAGCUCUGCGCCGCGGCCGACGUCGGCCUCGAAUCCCUUCCGGAAAGAGAAGGAAGAGACGAGCGGAGGGACCGGCUGGCCGGCGGUGCCGGGUGACCUCGAUGCUUUCCAGUCAGUCCGGCCCGCGCCAAGGCCGCCUCCAACAGACGGGCGAGGGCACGAUGCUUCUGCUUCCGCUGCUUCCGGUUCCCUGGCUCCUCAGGACGUCGUGGCAGGUGCCAGAUUCGCCAAGGAGUCGGGCAUAAGCGCGCAGGACAUGAUGGCAGGCGCUCAGUUUGCCCAGAAGUCGGGUGUCACAUCGCAGCACGCGAUGGAAGGUGCACGAAUGGCACAUCAGGCCGGUGUCAGGCCGCAACAUGUCGUGCAGGGGGCGCAGAUGGCCCAUCAGGCAGGUCUCCGACCACACCAUGUUGUCGAUGGUGCAAGAUAUGCACAGCAAGCCGGCGUAACACCCGACAAAGUCCUCGCGGUGGGUAAAGCCUUUUCAGUCAAGCAGCCGCAGCUGCCUAAAGAUGCUGUGAACAACGCAGAUGUCGAAGUGGCAGACGAGGCAAGCUUCGAAUCCCUGGGAGUCUGCGAGGAGCUUUGCCAAGCGGUGAAGCUUAUGAAGUGGACGAAGCCAACCAGGAUCCAACAAGAAGCCAUUCCCUGGGCCUUGCAGGGCCGGGACAUCAUUGGCCUGGCGGAGACCGGCAGCGGUAAGACCGGCGCCUUCGCCUUGCCCAUCGUGCAGCGGCUUCUCGACGACCCCCAGCGCUUCUACGCGGUUUGCUUGGCUCCAACACGUGAGCUGUGUGUGCAGAUCGGUGAGCAGUUUGAGGCCAUCGGCAGCACCAUCAAGCUGCAGACUGCCACAGUGGUAGGUGGUCUGGCCAUGGUCGACCAGGCCAUGGCCCUAGCAAAACGACCACACGUCGUCAUCGCCACACCUGGCCGGCUCGUCGACCACUUGGAGAACACCAAGGGGUUUCACCUGAAAACCAUCAAGUACCUCGUCAUGGACGAG